AUGGUCGGGUCACUCCUGAGUUAUUUUGGGUUCGGCGGCUCAGCCGCCGCCCAGGCGCCACCAGAGAACCAAGCUGUACGGGCCUUGCCCGCCAACUGGUAUACCUCUGAGGAGAUGUACCAGCUUGAGCGACGCGCUAUCUUCACCAGAAGAUGGCUCAUUCUUACGCACAAGUCAAGACUCGCAAACCCCGGCGACUUCCUCCGCUACAACGUCGCCAACUACGACAUUGUUGUUUCCAAGGACCGAUCUGGCGAGAUUAACACAUUCCACAACGUAUGCAGACACCGCGCAUACCCCGUCGUCGAGAAAGACGGUGGCAACGCAAAGAUCUUCUCCUGCAAGUACCACGGCUGGUCGUACGGUUUGAACGGCAAGCUCGCGAAGGCACCAGGCUAUCAAGAGCUUCAGAACUUCGAGAAGGCCAAGAACGGUCUUUUCCCUAUUCACACCCGUAUUGACCGCAAUGGCUUCAUCUGGAUCAACAUGGAUGCGAAGAAAGAGCCUGAGGUGUCAUGGGAGUCACAGUUCGACCACGUGGACGAACAGACAAGAUUCGACCAAUUUGACUUCAAUGACUACGAGUUCGACCACACAUGGAACCUUGAUGGUCCAUUUAACUGGAAGAUUCUCGCAGACAACUUCAACGAAUGCUACCACUGCAAGAGCACACAUCCCGAUCUCACAACAGGUCUGAUCGACCUCGAGAGCUACGAUGUCUACUGCUCAGCCGACCACAUUCAGCACGACCCCAAGACUCCCCAAGACCGCAAGGAUCUUGGCCAGGAGAUCUGCUCCACAUACUGCUUCCCCAACGCUUCCUUCACUGUCACAAAACACUUCCUCUUCAUGCAGAAGUUCAUGCCUAAGUCGCCCACUGAGUCCGUUAUGUACUACGAGGUCUGGAAGAACAAGCACUCCAGCCAGGAGGACUUCCUUCUCAUCAGUGACACCUACAAGCGAGUCAUGGGCGAGGACAAAGUCCUGUGCGAGCGCGCCCAGAAGAACAUCGAGGCAGGCAUCUUCGUCAACGGCGAGCUUCACCCACACAUGGAGAAGGGACCUCUCUUCUUCCAGAAAAGAUGCCGCGAGAUUGUCAUGGAGCACGGUAUGAAGGAGAAGAAGGCUGGUCAGAAGAUCUGGCCUGCCAAGCAGCAACUCGAGCCUACAGGUACCUCGGCCAUCAGCAAAGAGAUGGAAGACUUCUGCGAGGGUCUUGCCUGUGGCAACGAUAACGAGAAGAGUGAUCUCGCUUGGUAG